CAAUAACAAAAGUUCAUUUCGCGGUUAUUUGUUGUAGCAUGUUGUGAAUAGUUAUACUAAAUUUUUAUAACAUUUAAUCAAUUAUAAUGGCCGAAAAGUUGGAAGAUCUUAAUCUGCCACUAACAGUAGUUACCAGAAUCGUGAAAGAGGCCUUACCGGAUGGAGUUUCGAUAUCGAAAGAAGCUAGGACUGGUCUCGCGAAGGCGGCAUCCGUUUUCGUCUUAUACGUUACUUCAGCAGCUACAAAUAUCGUUAAAAGCAAUAAACGUAAGGCAUUAACUGGUCAAGAUGUUCUAGAAGCCAUGUCAGAUAUAGAAUUCGAUAGAUUUGUAGAUUCUCUACGAGAUGCAUUAGAAAUAUACAAACAAGCAGUGUCAGCGAAGAAAUUAGCAUCUGGAAAGAAAAAAGAUGAAGGAGAGGACGUGGAAAUGGUUGAAGAUGAAUAAUGUGAUACAAAUAUUUUAUUUAAGUUCUAAUUUUAAUUGACUAAUGGUGAUAAUGUGCUUUUGCCUUUAAGGAACUAGUUAAUAAAUAAUGUUUUCUGUAAUUUUGUUUACUUUCUUUAAUUUUUUAUUACUAAAAAGGAUGAAUAGUCAUAUUGCAGAAUAUUUACUUUGAAUACAACAUAUUUGACAUCUAAAAAAUUUAAGGAUGGAAACAUUUGUAAAAAAACCUACACCUUCACGCAAGCAUGUUGAGUAGGCUUGAAACCUGUAUGGGUGAGGCCUAAAGUGUAUUUACAAGUU